AUCACUUAUUUCCAUUUAGUCCUCAAAGAAAUCAUUAUUUAUGUAACCCUCCCACAGCCUCCUCUUUUCCCAGCAUCAUCCAUCCCCUGUUUCAUGUCGUUUUAGCUCAGAAACAUGGCUGCUCCAUCUGGGUUUUGUUCGGAGAAUUUCACGUUUCAACAUAGAAGUUUUCCUCCAUUUCCUAAUUUCCUCGACCAUCUCAAUCCUCAACAAACCCAGUUCCAUUUCCAUUCUAGAGCUUUUCAGUCGCCGCCGCCGCCGCCACCGCCGCCAUCUUCUUCUUCCUCUCUAUCCUCUGUUUCUUCCUCAUCCAUGGCGGCUUUGAAUUCCGAGCUCGAGCUGCAGAACCAAGAGAUCGACCUCCUCCUCCACUUUCAGAAGGAAAAGCUAAGAAAAGCAAUAGAAGAACAGAGGAAGGAGGAAAUGAAAGCAUUAUUAAGCAAAGUAGAAAGAGAAGGGUGGAGGGUCAUGAGGGAAAAGGAAGAGAAUUUAGCAGUCGCCAUUAGAACAGGGAGGAAGCUCGAAGAAAGGCUAAAAAAAACAGAGACCGAGAAGGAGAAAUGGCAAAGAAUGGCUAAUUCACAAGAAGCCAUUGUUAUAAGGCUUCGAAGCAAGCUGGAAGAAGCUAAUGAGAGACAAAUUAUGGGAAAAAACAGUGAUAAUGGCGGCGAAGAUGCAGAAUCACAUUACCCAGAAGCAGAGGAAAAAACAGAGGAAGGAGGCGAAAAUGGCGGCAGUGGCAGUUUGAGCUGCUGCAAGAGCUGCAGAAACAGGAAUCCAUGUGUGCUUUUUCUGCCUUGUAGACAUCUCUGUUCGUGCAAGUACUGUGAAGCUUUUCUGGAAUGUUGUCCUGUCUGUCGUUCUGUAAAGAAGGCAAGCCUGGAAGUGCUUUUCAGCUGACCGACACCACAACAAAACAUGUUUUUUUUUCCCCCUUUUAGGCUUAAUAAUCAUAAUCAAACUCUUUAAGUGAAUAAACUGAGAAAUAAUUACAACU